AACAGUGGGGAAAAUGACUUCCACCGUUGAAACCUUCCCACGGCCCACAGCAAUGUUUAUUUGUAAUCCAAUCUGUUCACAAGGUCACAUAUACAAAGUAAGAAGAGAAAACUCAAAUAUCAGCUUGAUCCAAAACUUCUGUGACCCCCCACAACUUUUCAACGGUAAGCAUUCAAUUCCCACUGUUUCAUCUGGUGUGGUCCACUUGAACUUUGGAUAUACUUAAAUUUUGGUACCAUCGUCUAAAAUAAUCUUAAAAAAAGGAUGGACGGUGUGGAUAAAAUAAAUACAUAAAGGUGGGCCCCACAGAGUUUACGCAACCCGCUCCCCUUCCUACAAAAACCAAGAUUCACAUGGGCCCACAAGUUCCUCCACAUCAUCAACUGUAAAAACCGUUUUCUUCGUUGACUUAGUCAACCCCGGAAAACCUCGCUCUCUCCUUCAUUUCGAUUCUCUUCAAUCAAACCUCUCUUUUCUCUCUCUCUGACUCUCUCUCUAUCUCCCAAAAAAAACAAAAAACCCAAAAAAAAUAGAAUUUCUCCGAACAGCGGCCCGUCUCUUCCGGAGGUGUCAGAUUUCCGGCGAAGCAAUGGCCGCUGUUCCUCAUCUCCGGCCAUUUCUCUUCCUCUUCAUCCUCUCUCUCCCCUCCUUAUCCUCACCACUCUCAGAAUCCGACGCUCUCCUCGCCCUAAAAAAAUCCUUCGACAACACCACCGCCCUCGAUUCAUGGUCACCGGACUCACCGCCACCUUGCACCACCGACCAAGGCUCAAAGAAAAAAAGCUCCUGGGUCGGCGUCAUCUGCUUCAAUGGCGUCGUCGCCGGCCUCCGUCUCGGCAGCAUGGGUCUUUCCGGAAAGAUCGACGUCGACGCUCUCGCCAGCUUACCAGGCCUCCGUACGAUCGGUUUCAUAGGAAAUAAAUUCGCGGGCCCCAUUCCGGAAUUAAACCGUCUAGGCGCUCUUAAAGCCAUAUACCUGACAGAAAACCGCUUCUCAGGUGAAAUCCCUCCUGACUUUUUCUCGAGCAUGUCGUCGUUGAAAAAGGUCUGGCUCGGUGGGAAUGAAUUCACAGGCCCAAUUCCAAAUUCCAUCUCGAAGCUGAAACUCCUCAUCGAAUUACAUCUCGAGAACAAUCACUUCUCCGGUAAUAUCCCUCCAAUCUCGCUUCCGAUGUUAGCUUCCUUCGAUGUAUCAAACAACGCAUUGCAGGGGAACAUUCCCGAAGGUCUGUUGAUGUUCGACGGCAAUUCCUUUAAAGCCAACGUGGGUCUUUGUGGACCGCCGGUUGGAAAGCAGUGCUCUGACAUGAUGGUGGCAUCAACGGUCACUGUUCCGGAUUCCGGCGCCUCGAAGCCGAGCUACGCUGCGGUAGCGACUGGGCUUUUCUUGUUGAUAGCUCUGAUGGGGAUGGCGAUCGUGGCAUUGGCACGGCGUCAGGACGAUGAUUUUGAAAUGCUGGGGCGGGAUAUUGGGGGAGAUGGAGCGGUGUCGGUCAGUGUCAGGGAAUCGUCGGUCCGAAGUAAGGAAUCGGUGCGGCGGGAAUCGCACCAUGGGAGGAAGGGAAUGGGGCCUGCGGUGCCGGAUUUGACGAUGGUUAAUGAGGAUAAAGGGCAGUUUGGGUUGCCGGACUUGAUGAAGGCGGCGGCGGAGGUGCUGGGAACUGGUGGGUUGGGGUCUGCUUAUAAGGCGGUGAUGGCGAAUGGGGUGGCGGUAGUGGUGAAGAGGAUGAGGGAGAUGAAUAGGGUGGGAAGUGAUAGGUUUGAGGUUGAGAUGAGGCGGCUUGGUAGUCUCCGGCAUCAGAAUAUAUUGCCGCCGUUGGCUUUUCAUUAUAGGAAGGAGGAGAAGCUGCUGGUGUAUGAGUUUGUUCCCAAGGGCAGCUUGUUGUAUCUACUACAUGGCGAUCGCGGACCAUGCCACGCCGAGCUCGACUGGCCCACCCGCUUAAAGAUCGUCCGAGGAAUCGCCCGAGGAAUGGCCUUCCUCCACGUGGAGCUCUCAAACUCGGACAUCCCUCACGGCAAUCUCAAGUCCUGCAACAUUUUCCUCGGCCCCGAUUUCGAGCCUCUCCUCGCCGAUUAUGGCUUCUUCCCGCUGGUGGCCCCCACCGAGGCCACCAAUGCCAUGUUCGCCUACAAAUCCCCUGAAUCGCUCCAGUACCGCCACGUGUCACCCAAAUCCGACGUGUACUGCCUCGGCGUCGUCAUCCUCGAGAUCCUCACCGGCAAAUUCCCAUCCCAAUAUCUCAACCAUGGAAAAGGUGGGACCGACGUCGUGCAAUGGGUCGUAACGGCCAUAUCCGAGAAGCGGGAGUGGGAGCUGUUUGACCCUGAAAUAUCCGGACCCGGGAAAGCAGACCCGACUAUGGAGCGGCUCCUGCAUGUGGGUGCUGAAUGCGCCCAGCCCAACCCCGAGCAACGACCCGACAUGAAGGAAGCCGUACGGAGGAUCGAGGAGAUUGCAGUCGAGGCCAGUUGCAACAAGGAACGGUCUGUAGGACCCGCCCCAUCGUUGAAGGACGGAUACGCCGACAUUCCGGUGCCACAGUCCAACGCGGCGAACGUGCAGCAGCCCUCGUCGCGAUCGACGACAGAGAACAUCGGCCACCCUCCAUCGCUGCAGCGGAACGGUGAGAGCUUUGUAUUCGACAUAUCGUAACAAGGGUGCGGUGUGUGAGCGGCGAUGUGGGCGGGGACCAUAAUCGGGUCUAUCUAUGAUUCAGCCAGCUUGUUCACUAAUCGGGUCCGAAAUUUAGCCCCCCGACCCGACCCGACUGGGCUUACACUGGACUUUAAUAGGAAAUAUUUUGUAAAACCUAGUCCUGGGCCUGGCCCAUUUAUUUAUUUUGUGAAAUUCAGACCUGGGCUCGGUCCUCGGGUCCAAGCCCGGCCACGUCGGUUGCCAGCCCCUACGUCCUUGCGGUCCAACUGCAUGCAUGAAAAAAGAAAAAAAGAAAA